AGUAGUAGUAACAUUUGAGCGAGUAAGAAGGGACAAAUAUUGCACGUGUUCAAGAUUGAGCUGAAUCAUGAAACCUCACUGUGACAUCUGUUCUUCUCUAUGCCACGUUUUACCCUAUUUCCUGCAUUCCUCUCAACUAUAUAUAUAUAACAUAUACAAACUUGAUCCAAUCCAUUCAUCCAACUUCAACAAUUUUCAUAUAAUAUACUUUUUAGUACAAAGGGGUCAUUAAUUAUAAUGUCUGAUAUGAGAGGAAGUGCCGUGGUGUGCGACGACAGGUGCGGCUGUCCAUCGCCGUGCCCUGGUGGCAUCGGUUGCAGGUGUGCUUCGGGUGAGAUGGCGGCAAGUGGUGGAGAUAUGGAACACAAGCAGUGCCCUUGCGGCGAGCACUGCGGCUGCAACCCCUGCAACUGUUCCAAGACGGAGCAGACCACCAGUGGCGGCACCGGAAAAGCCUUCUGCAGGUGCGGUGCUGGUUGCACCUGUCCCACUUGCGCUGCUUAAUCAGCCGACCUCCACAACUCUCAGCUCUACUGCUGUACAAAAUAAUGUCUGCCUAGAUGCUUGUACUAGAGUAGUUAGUUAGUUAUGCUGCUGCUGCUGCUUUUAUUAGGCUUUUCGUUUUCUACGCCUUCAAUAAUGAAUUAGCAAA